AUGGCUGUGCUGGCAAUAACCCUAUGGCUGUGCUCUCUGGCCUUAGCCGGCGUUAGUGCCAAUAUUACCAACAUAUUUGCCCUGACCAACAAGGAACUUCUUACCAAUAACUUGGUCAGCGAUCAGUAUUUGACCAUAUACAAGCUGAGAAGCCUGGCAGUGGAGUUUUUCGACCACUAUUCCAAUGCAACACUGGAGGAUCUCACACCGGAUUUAAAUGAGUACUUUUAUGGGGAGCCGAGAAUUCCCUCAGCUCAGGAUCUUGAGUGCCUGGCGGACCUGGCUCUCCUGUCCAAUGAUUUGGCAUCCUCUAAGUACUGGGCUCUAAAGAUGAUCGACUCAUGGGGUCUGUUGCCCUCGGGAAUACUCGUGGGAAACUUAUGGAACUUGGGAAACUUCGACGAGUGUAUUGGAAUAGACCACGCUGUGACGACUGCUCACAGUAUCAAGGGCAAGUACUGCUUUUCCAAGUUGGCUUUGUCUUCCGGCUCUUCAAUGCUGGCCAUCAAGUCAGCGGUCUGCUUUCCCGCCUCCUGCUCCGCCACCCACAUGGACACCAUGCUGCGAAGACUCUUCCAAACGCUCCUCAGCGUGGAGAUCUCUUCGGAUGUGCAGAUGGUAGACGAGGCUACGUGUCAGACCUCGGAAGCGAAGCCCUACGAUGGCCUCACUAUAUUCACCAUAGUCAUCCUAUCGAUUUUGGGUGCCCUUGUGGGCCUCUCCACAAUUUACGACUACUUCUUUUGCCAGGAUGAGAAAACCAUUAAUCCAGUGGUCAAAGCUUUCUCGGCACGGGCUAAUUCGCGGGCUGUUUUCCGCCUCGUGGAUACCAAGGCAAACCCCAAUGUCAUCGACUGUCUUCAUGGAAUCCGAUGUCUUUCGUUCAUCUGGGUGGUCUACUGCCAUGACUACCUCGUAUUUUCCCAUUCACCGAACAUGAAUAUGAGCUAUGUUUUGACGUGGAUUGACUCCUUCUUCAGUCUGUUUAUAAAACAUGGGGUCUACGCCGUGGACACAUUCUUCUUCUUGAGUGGACUAUUGCUCGUGGUGAUUGUUCUCCGAUCGAUGGACAGAACCAAGGGAAAGCUUAACAUACCUAUGAUGUAUCUGCAUCGGUAUCUUCGCCUCACCCCCCUUCUGGCCUUUGGAAUACUCAUCUAUAUGAAGAUUAUGCCUCUCUUGGGCCACGGUCCCCUGCAAGGAUCGGUGAACUUUGAUGACUACUCAACGUGCGAGGAUACCUGGUACUGGACGCUUCUAUAUGUUCAAAACUAUGCCACGAAUCGAUUGUGCAUUAGCCAUUCCUGGUACCUGGCGGUGGAUAUGCAGCUGUACAUCUUCGCACCCUUCCUCCUGAUCUCCCUGUACAAAUGGGGAAAGAAGGCGGCCGCAGGGAUCUUUGUUCUUAUGAUGCUGCUGGCCUGCUGCCUCUUUAGCAUAAUGGUCAUUAACAAUCUAUCCCUUGGAUCAAAUGGUGAGGAGUCGAUGAAAAAGCUCUAUUAUGCCACUAACACCCGGGCGUCGCCCUAUCUCAUUGGCAUCCUAUUCGGGUACUUUCUUCACCUCAACCGGGGCAAGAACUUCAAGCUAAACCGUAUCUGUGUGAUCUUGGGCUGGCUGGUUGGACUGUCGCUAAUAGCCACCUGCUUGUUUGCGGUCUAUGGCCAGAACUCACUGCCCAUUGUGGAGGAAGCCUUCUAUGUGACCCUCACCCGGAUCGCCUGGCCCCUGGGUCUCUGCUGGGUGGUCUUUGCCUGCAUGCAGGGCUACGGGGGACUGGCCAACAGCUUCCUGUCCUCCCCACUGUGGCAGCCCAUGUCGAGGCUCUCCUACUCCGCCUACAUUUUCCACAUGUUCAUCGAGAGCCUCAACGGCGGCCUUACGCGUACCAACACCUACUUCACUGACUACCAAGUGAUGCUUCGAUUCUGGUCAGACCUCGGCUUCACAAUGCUGUUCUCCUACCUCAUGCACAUCCUAAUCGAAGCACCAUUCGCCAGUCUGGAAGCUCUCCUGUUGCCCACAAAGAGGCCAAGUCCUCCAAAGCUACCGGUUUUUGAGGCCAAGAUUGCAGAAGUGAAGUCUAAAGCCGAUGAAUCUUUAGUAGAGGAGCUUGCGGAAGGAGCCACCACUUCUCCCACUUUCGAAGAAAAGUCUGCAACUGCACCUGACAAAGAUUCAGUUUAA